CUAAAAACGAUAACGAACAAUGGUCCUUCUUUCCUUUCAAGUACAUAAAGAUGAUGAAUCGCCUGCUCCUAGUGAAAGUGAAUCUAUGAGUCAAGGUGAACGAUUUGAAUACUCCAAUGCUGUUCCCAUUUAUGGUAGUCACUGGAGUGCGGAGGAUCUUCCAAAGUAUCGUAUUCCAAAGGUUGAAAUGCCGCCUCAUGUCUGUUAUCGCAUGAUAAAGGACGAACUUGCUCUCGAUGGCAAUCCUGCACUCAACUUGGCAAGUUUCGUGACAACGUAUAUGGAUGCUGAAGCCAAUCAAUUGAUUCAAGAUACAGCAGCUGUCAAUAUUAUCGAUGUUGAAAUGUAUCCUCAAUCUGCAGCAAUAUCAGGACGUUGUGUGAAUAUGUUGGCUAAUCUUUUCCAUUCACCCAAUGAUGACGAAAGUGGACAAGCUAUUGGUACAUCAACUAUUGGUUCAAGUGAAGCAGUCAUUUUGGCAGUAUUAGCUAUGAAACGUUCAUGGCAAGAACGUCGACGAGCAAAAGGAUUAUCUAUUGAAAAACCAAACUUGGUACUUGGUGCUAACUGUCAAGUAUGUUGGAAGAAAGCUUUGUUAUAUCUAGAAAUUGAACCAAGGGAAAUCAGUGUUUCAAAUGAAUGCUUAUGUAUGGAUCCUGCUAAAGCGGUGGAUGAAGUCGACGAAAAUACAAUUGGUGUAGCUGCUAUUCUUGGCUCUACGUAUACUGGUCAUUAUGAAGAUGUCAAGACUUUGGACAAACUACUUGAUCAAAUUUGUAGGGAAAAGAACUUGGAUAUUGGUAUUCAUGUGGAUGCUGCUAGUGGUGGUUUUGUAGCUCCUUUUAUCAAACCAAAUCUAGAAUGGGAUUUCAGAUUAAAACGUGUUAUGUCUAUCAAUGUUUCUGGUCAUAAAUAUGGCAUGGUCUAUACAGGUGUUGGCUGGUGUAUAUGGAGGAAUAGCUCUGUUAUACCUAAAAGCAUCAUCUUCUAUGUGAAUUACCUUGGUACCGAUCAAGCUUCCCUUACAAUGAAUUUCAGCAAAAGCGCAUCACCUAUAGUUGCCCAAUACUACAUGCUUUUACGACUGGGUGAAGCAGGCUACCGACGUAUCAUCAGCAAUUUGAUCACUAUCUCGGAUUAUAUAGCAAACAAACUUGUCGAUACUGGUCGAUUCAUAUUACUCAGUGAAACCGAAGGUCGUGGUUUGCCUUUGGUAGCUUUUCAUCUCAAACAUAAACAAACUUAUGAUGAGUUUGACCUUGCAAGUAAGAUGCGAGAACGUGGAUGGAUCAUACCUGCUUAUACAAUGGCACCUAGCUUGGAUCAUAUGAAAUUACUGCGUAUUGUGGUGCGUGAAGAUAUGUCUCGAAAUCGUGCGGAUAUUCUUUUACGAGAUAUAAAUGCUAGUUUGGAAGCCCUCGAUACUUUUGAUGAAAAGAUGAUCCAAAACCGACGUGAAAAUGUGAUCAAAUUCUCUCAUAAAUCUUCCAGUCAUCACAAAGCCGCUGCCCAUCCUGAAAAAUUGAAACAUGAAGCUGGUGAAAUCAUAAGGUCACAUAUCUGUUAGUCCAUGGAAUUUGUCUUGCCCCGGUACAUCUACUUAGUUAUUUUUUGUGGUGAUAUUGUCUUUAGUCUAUAUAUGAUUUAUUAUCGAUUUGAAAUAAAUAAUGAUGACAUUAUAACGAACGUUGAUCAAUGGUUC